AGCAUGAAUCCUUCGGCACCGGCGUCGCAAGCCGCGCGCGAAGCAUGCGGAAGAUGGUUCCUAGCGAACCGGAGCGUCGAAGCCGCUCCAAACGAUCCCGCGGCGCUCGUCGGCCGCGCGGCGAGCUUCCUGGCCAUGGAUCGACCCUGGGAGGCGACGAAUGACCUAGAUCGGGCUUUACGAAUGCAAACUCGCCUCGCGGGCGCGGACGUCGCGGCGGCCGGCGACGAGGCCACCGCAAAUCAACGAAGGCGGCGCCACGACGGCGAGGCGGCGCGCACGCGGCUGCUGCGGGGCCACGCCCACGCCGCCUGUCUGCGCUACGACCGGGCCGUCGCGGACUUCGCCGAGGCCGAGGCGAUUUUGAGUCGCCUCGGGGGUUCGACAGAUAGAUCACAACCGACGCCGGCGCACGCCCAGGCGGGGCUCGGCGUGGCCUACUGCAACAUGCGCGACUGGCAGCGGUGCGUCGACGCGGGCGAGCGGGCGGUGCGUGGUUUACCUCUAGACGACGUGGCGCGGCGGCACGUUGCGCGAGCGGUAGAAACGGCGCGGCAGCACCUGUCCUUGGCCGCGGGCGGCACCGUCGGCGGCUCUCGGCGGUCCGGUGGAUCCGCGGCGCCGCCGCAGCCACCACCACCGCCGCCGCGCGGCGACGCCGGCCACGACGGCGGCGCUGCGCCAUCGGCCCCACCACCAGCACCAGCGCCGGCACCGGCACCGGCGCCCGCGCCCGCGCCCGCGCCCGCGUCGGCUCCGUCGUCGGCGUCGCGCCGCGGCCGCAUGUCACCCGGCGGCGACUCGCCCGGGCGCCUCCCUGUCGAGGACGUCGCCGAGGCCGCGCUUUGGGCCGCUGGGGCCGAUUCCGACGGCGAUCUUGACGCGCCGCGACCCGCUGCGGCCGCGACGGGCGCUGCGCGUCCGGACGGGGCCGCCCCGGCCGACGAGGCGGGCCCGGCGCGGCCGGCGGCGACGUCCCCGCGGCCCUUGCUGGACUCGCCGUCGACCUCCGUGUCGGCGACGCUGUCCAAUUCGAGCUCGAUUGCGAGCGAGAAGAACGACGAGCCCAAGCCGGGUGUCGCCGCGGAGCUCGUCUCGAAGCUCGCCCCCGGGCCGGCGUGA